UUUCCUAUGAAAACAGUGAUAUAAAAAAGAAGUAACACCAUUAAUUACUAUUGUAUAAAUAUACAAAAUAAGCUUUACUGAAUCACUAAUUAUCAUCAUCAUCAUCAUCAUCAUCAUCUCAGGAUGUCAAUUUUCAAUGGUCACUGUAAUGAUUACUUAAAAAAAGAAAUCAAUGGUCUUAAAAAAUGGAAAAUAAAUGAUCAACAAACUAAUAGGAAAUCAAAUAAUAUACAAGAAAAUGGGAAACACAAUACUAAUCAGGAUGGCAACCAUGAAAAUAUUUUACAGAAUGAAGAACAAAAUAAUCAAAUAAAAAAUGGUUGUAUAUUAAAUGAAAAUGAGAAUGGGACAAAAAAUGAUACUUUAAAAAUAGAAAAAUUGGAUGGUGAUAAUAACCAUAGUUAUAUGAAUGGCAGUGGUAAUAAUAACGAGAAUUUUUUACCAAUAUGUAAACCUGGACGUUUCAUUUGUCGAGGAUUGUAUACAGAUAUACCACAUUUAUGCUCUGAAACUGGUUACUUAAUUUGGAUUGAACCAAAACAAACUAUGCGUGUUUUAUUUACUUAUGGAGAUACAAAUUGUGAUUUUUUAUGUUAUUUAGAACCAGAAGUUCCAGGUGUUGCAAUCAACUAUUUGGAGCCUAAUAGAAUAAAAUAUUUUCAAUAUUUUAAUGAAAAUGACUACAGACCAAUACAAAUUCAUUCAGGAUUAGCUGCAUCAAUAAAUGGUUCCACUGGUACUAGAUAUUCAUGUAUGGGAUCAUUAUUCAAUACAUUCUCUUAUGCAAUUGAUUCAGAAAACGCUCAAUGUUUUAUUGAAUUAAAUGUUUUGAAUAAAAAACAAAUGAAUGAGUUAAUUGAACCAAUUUCACGUCCAUUUAAACUUAAUUUUCGUUUAGUUCUUUAAUCUAACCAGAAUUAUGUUAGGAGUCUUUAAUUGUUUAGUUCUAUUAGAAAAACAAAAUUACGGUAAACUUUUGUCAUUCUGAAAAUAAUCACUAUGUAAGACAAAAUAUUUACAUGAUACUUUUUUCACAUAUAUUAGUUUAUA